CAGCAGUGCCGCCCACCUGUGCCCACCAGUGCCACCCAAUUCAGUGCAACCCACCUGUGCCACCCACCUGUGCCCAGCAGUGCCACUCACCUGUGCCCACCAGUGCCCAGCAGUGCUGCCAGUCUGUGCCGCCAGCCAGUGCCCAGUAUCAGUGCCCAACAGUGCCGCCAGUCAGUGCUGACUAUCAGUACCCAUCAUCAGUGCCACCUAUCAGUGUCUCCUAUCAGUGCCGCCUAUCCGUGCCACCUCAUUAGUGCUGCCUAUCAGUGCCACCUAUCAGUGCCCUUCAGUGCUGCCUAUCAGUGCUCAUCAGUGCUGCCUAUCAGUGCCCAUCAGUGC